CCAUCCAGCAGCAGAGAAGAAGCACCUUCUAGUCUUCUUCUACCUCACAUUGUUGCCAUCAUCCCACCAUGCAAUUUACCACAACAUUCAUGUCCUCCUCCUCCUCCUCCUCCUCCUCUCUCUCUAGAGACUAAACCUCAGAAGGCCAGAAAACCCAAUAAACACAAACAAUACAAAGACGACGUCUUUGGGAGUUGGAAUAUGGACGACCAUGGCAGCAGCCACCCAUUGCUGCAGUCCCCAGCGGCCACCACGCUCGCCUACGCAUGGGGCUACCAGCAGCACCCCACCAGCGCUCCAUUCGACGAGCAUCAUCCUCAGCUGGCGGACACCGGCGCCGCCGGCGACCACCACCAGCAGCUGGACGCGCCGGAGCUCCGUCGCGCGCUGGUCCGCGCGCUGGCCGAGCUCCACGCGUCGCGCGCCGCGCACCAGGCGGAGCUCCGGCGCGUGGAGUCCGAGGCCGCGCGUCUCGCCGCGCUCGUGUCGUCCGCGGCCGCCGAGCGCGACGAGCUCCGCCGCCACUGCCACUCCCUCCUGCUUCUCCUCCACCACCAGGCCCAGGCCCAGCCGCCGCCGCCACAUACUCCGAGCCUCCACGCUGCUAGCGUCCUGUCGGCCGGAGGAGGAGGCGGCGGCGGCUGUACGAAUGCUGCCGCGGUCAUGAUGAACAACGAGAACGCGCCGGACGCCGCCGCCGCCUGCGCCGACGAGACGACGACGGAGCUGGAAAUGGCGCUGGCGCGUCGGCUGCCAGAGAAAGGCCGUCUAGUGGAGGCCGUGGUGUCGGCGGGGCCGCUACUUCAGACGCUCCUCCUCGCCGGCCCGCUCCCGCGGUGGCGGCACCCGCCACCGCCCGCGCCGGCCGACAUCCCGCCGUUCAACCCCGGGCGACACAGCAGCCCUCUCAUGGCCGACGCGUCCAACAACUCCUUCUCGUCGGCGUCGGCGGGGUCGUCGUCUCCCGAGAGCAACUGCAGCGGCGGUGGGCCUCCGCCGCCGCCGCCGGUGGCGCACGCGCUUCCUUCGUUUCACAUGAGCCCUUUCUGCAUGUAGUAGCUGCAUGCACCUGCACUGCAUGAGCUAGCAAUGCAAUAAGGGGCUUAAUGUAAUUGUCAUUAGUGCUAAAUUAAUUGCCCAAUAAUAUGACACGUGGCUCUCUCUUAAAUUGUUUGUAAUCUCAAAGGUCCAAGUGGAUCUCUUAGCUUUUGGGUGAUUAUAGUAAGUGCAUCUGCCGGCUUUAUUUGUCUGAUGAAAAAAGUGGGCAAAUAAAGGCGAUUAGGCCGGGGGCAUGCAUGCUACACUGCAGCCUGCAGGCACACAUGCAUGCAUGCCACUGAUCAGUAGAUGAUCAGUGCAGCAGCUAGCUAGCUAGUGUGCAGUAGUGUCGUGUAAUUUGUGAGAUUGUUGGUUCAUGUAUAAGCAUAGAGUUGUUACAUCCUAAUUAAUUACUAGUUUUAUUGUGUGCAAAUAACCGUAUUGAUAA